UGUAUUUGACUUUUCUGUUUUCAGCUCACAGACAGUGCAGGAGAAGAGGAAUUAGCAGAAAUGAAAAGAGCACAAAAAGAUAAAGGGCAACAUGUGGAAGUACGAGUGAACAAGGAAUGGUUCACAGGCCGAGUUACAGCAGUGGAGGUGGGCAAGCAGAUGGUCCGUUGGAAGGUGAAAUUUGAUUAUGUCCCAACUGAUGUUACCCCAAGGGAUCGAUGGGUAGAAAGAGGCAGCGAGGAUGUGAGGCUGAUGAAGCCCCCCUCUCCAGAACAUCAGAUUCCAGAUACUCAGCAGCAGCAGCAGCAGCAGCAGCAGCAGCAGACAAAUGUUCCUCCUGAACCUUCUACCUCUGAGUGUGUCCGAACAGAGCCAGAUACCACUGGAUCCAGCAGCAGCCAGGAGACUGUAGACUUGUUAGCCCAGUCCCUACGGAAUUGUUUGCGUUACUUCCUACCCCCCAAUUUUCCCAUCUCCAAGAAGGAUUUGACUUCCAUGAGCUCAGAAGAGUUGGUGGCAUUCCCUUUGAAAGAGUACUUUAAACAAUAUGAGAUGGGUCUGCAGAACUUAUGCAACUCUUAUCAGACCCGUGCAAAUGCCCAGAUCCAAGCGUGCGAGGAAAAACUUCAUAUCCAAGAGCAGAAGCUCACAGAGACAAAGGAGAAGCUUCAGAAAUUGAGGACAAACAUCGUUGCACUACUCCAGAAAGUGCAAGAAGACAUUGAUUUCAAUACAGAUGAUGAACUGGAUGCUUACAUUGAGGACCUCAUCACCAGAGGAGAUUGACCAGCCCAGUUCCAGCAUCAGUGUGAAAUCAGAAAGGAAUGUGAUUACUGUGUCUUCUGCGUCACCAGUAGGUGUAGAGCAAGCAGCCCAGACUGAUGGGCAGAGGUAUGGCCAGGGUUUUUAGAGACUUGUGUUCUUUAUAGAGUAUGUCAGUGUAGAACAUGUUCGUAUUUUCUCUUUUAUAUAAUGGAAUGAGCAACUGUGCUGUUGAUUAAGGUUUCUAACCUUUGUUUAUAAAUAUUUGUAAAAAAAUAACCAAAAACCCCAAAAAUAUAAUCAUUCACAUACCAAGCCUUGUUUGUAUUAUGGAUGGGUUCAUUUUGAAGUUUGAUAGAGUUCAGCUACAAGAAAAACUGUUCCCCUUGAAGGAAUGUUACCGCCCAGAGUCGCUCAUUGGGUGAUUAAAUUUGAAAUAUAAAUAAAUGCACUAGAGCUGGUAGCACAAGCAUAUUGGCACAGUUUAUUGCUGGCGUCCCUCUUGCAAGGAGGAGAAAAUGAACAUAAAGCAUAUGAGCUCCAAAGGCAACAGAAUUGUUUGUGCAAUUGGAGAAAAGCACAUUUCUGACAGCAGGGGGUGUUGUCAAUCAGAAAUACAGUUUGUGGCCCGCCUCCUACUUUGCACUUCUGGAAACUACCAAGCAUCACUUC